AUGGGGGAAUUUGUCCAGUCCAGUCGAUCCAUGGGGGAAUUUUUGGACGUGAUUGAAAAUUUUGGUCCACCCCUUUUUGAAACCGAGAAUAGAUCGAUUACCCCUAUAGAUCGAACCGUACGAAUCUAUCACGUUUACAUAGAGGGCAAUGCUUUAGCUGGUAGUCUUACCUCAUUGGGUGCGCAUGGUAAUACAGUAAGCUUCUCUUCCCUUUUACCACUUCAUAGGGAGAAGGUGCAUAAGGAUGAUAGAAAAUCGGGUAAUGUUGUUGAAAUUGGGGGUGUGGGGAAAGGCAAGGAAGUUGAAAGAGGGUUGACUUCUAUCGAGGACUGGAUUAUUCAGUUUGCACGACUGUUCAAGAACCAUGUUGGGUUUGAUUCUGAUUCGUACUUGGAUCUUCCUGAGCUAGGUAGGAAGCUAUACUCAGAAGCUAUGGAGGAUAUCGUGACAACUGAUGAUGCUCAAGAACUGUUUGAAAUUGUUGCAGAUAAGUUCCAAGAGAUGGCCGCUUUGGCAUUGUUUAAUUGGGGGAAUGUUCACUUGUCCAGGGCAAGGAAGCGAGUACUCAUUCCAGAAGAGAGUUCGAUAGAAUGUGUACUUGAGCAGAUUAAGGCUGCAUAUGAGUGGGCACAUAAAGAGUAUGUGAAAGGCAGAAAAAAGUUUGAGCAGGCGAAGCUCUGCUGGUACUAUGCAGUUGGGAGGAAGAAUGAAUUAGAGACUGAACCUUCCUCAGAGGUCCUACAGCUUUAUAACAAGGCUGAGGACAGCAUGGAGAAAGGCAUGCUGAUGUGGGAAGAGAUGGAAGAGCAGCGUCUAAAUGGACUCUCCAAAUCAGAGAAAUAUAAAGAAACUCUGGAGAAAAUGGGGUUGAAUGGGCUAUUUAAAGAUAUUUCUGCUGAGGAAGCUGCAGAGCAGGCUGCAAACAUGACGUCACAGAUAUAUCUCUUAUGGGGUACCUGGCUUUAUGAGCGUUCAAUUGUGGAAUAUAAGCUAGUGCUACCAACUUGGGAAGAAUGUUUAGAGGUUGCGGUUGAGAGCAAUGAGCUCAGCUUCAUUAUUAGAGCCAUAUCCCAACUUUUUAGCAAAAGCCCAAAUAAGAUUCCCCUUCUCAUCUCUAAUAAUGCCCCCUGCACCCAUGCGACCUGGAUUUUUCAAAGAACUCCCAUCCACAUUUAA